AUGUCUUCAGAUAACCAGUGGUCAGCAGAUGAGGAUGAAAGCCAAUUAUCCCGACUAAUCAGGAAAUCUAGAGACUCCCCCUUUGUCCCUAUAGGUAUAGCAGGCUUUGUGGCUGUGGUGUCCUACGGUCUUUACAAAUUAAAGUAUAGAAGAGAUCAGAAAAUGUCACUUCAUCUUAUUCACAUGAGAGUUGCUGCCCAAGGAUUUGUUGUCGGAGCUGUGACUCUAGGUGUUCUCUACUCUAUGUAUAAGGAUCAUGUUAGACCUAGAUUCUUCAAUGAGUCCAAAAGAUGAAGCUACAUGCUGGAAGCAAGAAAGACAAGAAGCUUCUGAAAAUGAUUUAUUAUGAAGAGUCAAUUUUCAAUAGCCAAUUUUACUACAGAAGUAUCACAGAACGCUCACGUACUUCAAGUCUCAAUGUUUGAAGUUGAUUUCCAGAUCAACAAUCAUAAACAGUCAACUCAGAAAUAUCUCUUGUUGAUGUCUUUCAGAACCUAGGGCAUUAUUUUCUGA